UUAGUAUGAGAAGUUAUUGAUUGAUACCUCUGCACUAAUAAUAGCUUAGUUGUUUCACUACUACGCGUAUUUUCUCACACUCAGACAGGGGAUAAACCGUAGCGAAAUGCUUGCUGGACAUGCACUGCCAAGCUAGCCACCGGUUUGUGUGAGAUUUUAGUUCGAUCUCUAGAUCCAACACAUGCCAACCACUCUGACGUGGAAAUGGUGAUUUUUUCCGUCCAAUACCAGCACGAGAAAAACACUAAUCUUGAGGGUCGAUACUGGAUUGGGCAGUUAAGGUGGCGAGGUUGGCUCCCUUGAUGAUCGUGUUGUACCGGCUGCCACCAGGCCGGCGGAAUGUGGAGAUAAUUGCAUCCAGUGCCAGCCACGGAUUGGCCACAACCCCUCCGGAACAAAGCCAUUCUCCCCAUUGGCCCAGGGUAUUUUUGCGCCGGAGCAGAGCCGGUCGUGAACGAGCAGCCUCCGCACUGUUGUAAAGGCUCUCAUGCAGCGCUCUAGCACCGAAUUGAGCUGAAGUAUGGAGUAGGAGCAACUCUUUUGGCAGGGAUCAGGGAUCCAAGGCCUCGCCUGUGAUGAUAUUUCCCAACUCGGCUCCCAGGUUGUCGGCGCUUCGCACUGCAUGGUGAUUGUCCGAAUUCCUCUUUAUUCCCCUCGUUUGGAGUCCCGUCCGUUUUCCCUUUAUCAAGGCGGUCAAACCCAAACUUUGAGAGCUGCACCCACUUUGUGCAGUAAAGACAGUACGUCCACUUAAGAUAUGGCUGAAACAGAGGCUCCUCCCGCCGUUCCCGCUAUCGCGGCGGAAGAUCGAGAACAUGACAAUUUGGUGGUUGACCCAACAAUUGAUGACUCGGAUUCGACAUAUGGAGAUGAAUUAUCUGUUUAUACCGCUUCGGUUACAUCAAGUGUCACGGACUAUCAGAAGGAAAACGGUCGAAGAUACCAUGCCUACAAAGAAGGACGAUAUAUGCUCCCUAACGAUGAGCAGGAGAACGAGCGGCUUGACAUGCAUCACGCACUUAUUCGGGUCACCAUGAAGGAUAAAUUGUUUUUAGCCCCCAUCGGAGAUGCCCCAGGUCGGGUGAUUGAUAUCUGUACUGGGACUGGCAUCUGGGCCAUUGAGUUUGCCGAUUUGUUCCCAUCCGCUGAGGUUAUCGGAAACGACCUCAGCCCUAUCCAGCCCAAACUGGUUCCUCCAAAUGUCAAGUUCAUAAUCGAUGAUGUUGAAGACGAAUGGGGCUAUGAGAAUGAUCCGUUCGACUUCAUCCAUGCUCGCUACCUCACUGGCGGUGUUAAAAAUAUGCCGCGUUUGCUGGAACAGGCAUUUGCCUGCCUCAAGCCCGGUGGAUGGGCCGAGUUCCAAGACUGGGAUGCCAUGGUGCAGUCUGCAGAUGGCACGACAAAAGGCACCAGCAUCGAGCGCUAUUUCACCAGCACGCUUCCGGCAUUCGAGAUGGCUGGUUACAUCACUCGACCGGGCAUAUAUCUUGAGAAGUGGAUGAAGGAUGCGGGAUUCGUUAACGUCCAAGUUCACAAGCACCUCGUCCCGGUCGGAACAUGGGCGAAAGACAAACAUUUUAAAACUGUUGGUGCCUAUAACCUGCUCCAGUUCGAGGAAUCCCUGGAAGGUAGCGCGGUGGCCGCGUUGACGCGCAUCGGAAAUUGGUCCAAGGAGGAAGUCGACAUCUUGAUUGCGAAGACGAAGCAGGAUGCAAGGAACCCAAAGAUUCACUCUUUAUUCCACUUCUACGUUGUUUAUGGCCAGAAACCCAAGAAUUAAAGCUUCCGGCUAAUUUGCUUCAUCAUUAUGACAUUACGAUAUGAGAUGUCGGAGCCUGCGUUUAGAGCGUGCGCGCAUGUAUGCAUAGAUUGUAACCCCCCUCAUACAUUUGUGCCCCUAGGUGAAGAUGUUAAUGAAACCAGUCAUAUUUCAUUAUCUCCUUUUGAUUUAUAUAUUGAUGUAUUUAAGACUGCCGUGGCUGAUGAAUGUUUGAUUUCAGUGCGUCUGAAAGACAUAGAAAUCGAUGUAAAUGUGAUGUGAUGGAAGCAGAGAUACAUAAGGCUUUGAUUAUAUCUGGUAUAAAAAUAGACAUGUCCUUGCCUUGUAGGUGUUCACGAGAUUUACACACUAUUCGGCAGCAGUGCCAAUCAAUGACCAUCACGAGUUGGAUGCGAAGCGCGCCAUGGACGGAAACUUCUCAGAGGCAUGCUCAGAGAAUAAUUUGAGCAAUUGAGCGUUGUAAUGAAGAUUUACAUUAGUUUCCCUGUGCUCAUCCGCGAAAACAUGUUUUUUCCCCUCAGCAGCUUGAUAAUUGUAUGGGUAAACGCUCGAGUGCUUGCUGUGUUUUUGUUGGCCGUUACGGCCGUUGCGGUUAGCGAUCCCACCAGAUCACGUGACCCACCACUAUAUUAUGUUCUUGUAGAUAGAUCUAUCAAUACAAUCUUCAACUAUUCUACAGAUUAUAGCCUGAAUGACA